CAUUGUCCAAACAUUCAUAAAGUCCAAAAAAGAAAAAGAAGAAAAAAGAAAAAAGAAAACAAGAAAAGAAAAGAGUCGAUCGUCUCCCCUCUCUUCUGCAAAAUAAAAUCUAAUCUUUCACCUGGUCAAAGGGACUCCGAUCACCGGAUAGAUGUUUCCGGUGGCCGGAGCUAUCGUCUCUUCACAACUUAGAACUUUGUGCCGUACAUCACAGAAAUCGGAGUGAUUAGCUUUCAAUUUCAGUACUCUGAUGGAUUCUGAGGACGAUGAGGUCUCUACCUCUGAGAGGACGACGAAGGGAGGUUUUCUAGCUUUAACUAUGCGAUGGUGUGCCGCGCUUUUGCUUCCAGUAGUUUCAUUUUUUUUUGUGACUCUAUCGUUGAGUUUAGUUGCAAUUUUUGUCGCCAAUUCGUCAAUUACAAGUCCCAUUUCUUUGCGCUCUCAGUGCAAGAUUGUUUCCAGCAGUGUGGACCUUAGGUCAUCUAAGGUUUGUGAACUUGGGCUACUGAAUUAUAAAGCCAAGAAUGUUUUCUAUCCCUAUGAAAGAAAUAAGUUUAGAUGUCGUUAUGAUUACUACUGGGCGUCAGUGUUCAAGGUUGAAAUGAAGGAUCAUUUUUCUGGCAAGUCUCGGGUUGCUUUGGCAGAGGCUCCAAAUGAGGCUCUUCCUCAUAAAUGCAGGCCUAAUUUUGGUGCUGCAUGGUUGGCUAAAUAUAAAUUCAAGGUGAAUGAAACAUAUGACUGCUGGUACUCAUCUGGCAUUUCCAAAGUGAGCUUAGACUAUGAUGGCUUUUCCAGUUGUCAAGCUCAAGAACCUACAAAAAUUGAGAUGAUUAAAAGAUACUACUUCCUGUGCACAAAAAUAUUGCUAUCUUGGUAUUCUAACAAGGAAAGAGCUAUAUUUUGGAGGUGGGAUAUGUUGGCUGGACUCGUGACUGGUUUCUUGACUUCGUUGAUCACCAUUACUGUCUUAAGGAUUCUACAGCCACUGAUUCCUUGGAUGCUAAGGUAUUUCACAGUAAGAUUUUUUAACCACCUGAAUCGUGCUUGUUUUCUGGUAGCAUACUUCUCCUUUGUAGGUUGGUUAAUUAUCCAAUAUGGAAAAAGGCUUAGCCUUCCUGAGAUUUUCAAUAUUCUAAAAAGUAGACUGUGGUCCUCAAAUUGAUCAAAUGAAAGUUUGGAUCGUGGAGUGUCAAAAUUUGAGACAACAGAAAGUAAAUGUAGCCUUUUUCCAGUGGAUCGAUACGAUACCGGGUAACUGGUUGGUUAGAAAUUACCAAAUUACGGCUGUUUGUAGAAAUAUGUAUGAUGUCCUUAUUGAUGAGAUAACGUUGUAACUUCUUAUAUGUGAAAAUUUGAUACAAGAAGAAGAAUAUGGAUUUACCUUACACACGAUUACAGAAACUAUUCUCAAGUUUUCUGGACUGGGUUUGCUAUUAUUUCAUGAGUUCAAGGUAACAAUCUCUUUCCAAAAUGGAAAGUAUGGAUAACGGUU